UCGCGGAAAAAAUUCCAUUCAGACCUGAGGAUAAAGAGCUGACCUGUGGAAAGGAAAAAAAAAAAGAAGCAAAAAAUGGGUUCUCUUACAAAGGAUGACAGGGAGGAAGUGAUACAGGCAUGGUAUAUGGAUGACAGCGAUGAGGACCAGAGACUUCCCCACCACCGUGAGCCAAAGGAGUUUGUCUCUCUGGAUAAACUUGCAGAACUCGGAGUACUCAGCUGGCGAUUGGAUGCUGAUAAGUAUGAAAAUGAUGAAGAGUUGAAGAAAAUCCGUGACGCCCGUGGAUAUUCAUACAUGGACUUCUGCGAGGUUUGCCCUGAGAAAUUACCCAAUUAUGAGGAGAAGAUCAAAAACUUCUUUGAAGAACAUCUUCACACUGAUGAGGAGAUCCGCUACUGCGUUGCAGGGAGUGGUUACUUUGAUGCUCGGGAUCAUAAUGAUGAAUGGAUCCGCAUCUGGGUAAAGAAAGGAGCCAUGAUUGUCCUUCCAGCUGGGAUUUAUCACCGCUUUACUCUUGAUUCUGACAACUACAUCAAGGCAAUGCGGCUUUUUGUUGGCGAUCCGGUUUGGACGCCCUUUAAUCGCCCGCAUGACCAUCUUCCUGCAAGGAAAGCAUAUGUUGAAACAUUUGGGCAGAAGGAAGCUGCAGGUCAGGCAGUUGACGCUGCAGCUUAAAAACGCAUCUACAGUAUGACAAGUGAAGCUUAUUAUAAUAGCUAUCAAAUAAAUUGGAUUGAAUGAUACUUCCUACUGGCUUGUUGCUUUGCUUUGCUUUUAAUUGCCUGUAAUCGUUUAAGAUGAUGUAUAAGAAAAGAUGGAAAACUGUGUUGUGCUUGCCUGCUUUAUCAGCCCAUCUUAAAUGGUGUGUUCUUUUGUUGUGUAUAUGCGAGUUGCAAUGGUGGAUCCUAUAUUGGUAAAACUGACUAUAUGUAUAAUAUGCUUCCUGCCCUUUUCCACCCUGCUA